AUGACAUCUGCGGCAGAGCAAUACCGCACUCUCGUGCAAACCAAGGGGAAGGUUGCUCCCGCAACGCUCAGCAAUCUCUUUGACCAACUGCCUCCUCUAAAGCCCGAACAACUCUUGGGCAGCUGGAACGGCGGGUUUUUCGACACGGGACACUCUGUUGGUCCAACGCUUCAACGCAUCGGCUGGAUCGGCAAGGACUUUAACACCUUGGAUGAUGUCGACCCCGUUAUUGUCCUUCGCGAAGGAAGGAGAGCUAGCUGGGGGCAGUGGGGGCACGCAACGGUCCGGGAAAUGGUGUUUCGGGGUGUGCUGUCAACUGUAAUGAUCUAUGACGACAGACCAAUUUUUGACCAUUUCCGGUAUGUGGAUGACAACUUGGUGGCGGGGGUGAUGGAGGGAAAGGCUGUUGAGGGAGGGGACUUUUACUUUUACUUGACGCGAUAG